UGGCCGAGCGCGCCGGCGCCGCGACCGCAGACAAAGGCGCUGCUCGCGCCCGGCCGCCGCGAUCUCGGGCUCUGCCGUGGGGAAGGAGACUCUGAAAGAUGCCGCGUUCCUGCAGCCUCUCCGAGCCCAGCAGAGCACAGUCUCAUUCGAGGUGGCAUGGGUGAGGGGGUGACAGAGGAUGCUGCCCCCGUUGACGCCUCCAGAGGAGCCUGGCCUGGCAGCUGAGCACCCCUGGGAUUGGGGACUUCAGGUGUGACUUGGUGUAGGGCUCACGCACAGCUUUCUUCACUGGUGCUCACCGGGCUGGUUUGGGUUGUGGAAUCCAAGGUGAGCUGGUAGAAAGGGGAGCUGACAAAGGUAGAACGAAGCCCCUAGAAGCCUCCAGAAUCCAUUGUUGGGAUCCCUUCAUUCUGCUUGGGACACGGAGAGCAGCUCCCAAGCUGCCCGGGGCUGUGACACAACUGAGCUUUGGAUCACCGUCAGUAAAGGGACGCAGCUCAGCAAAGGCACUGCGGCCCGAAGGAACCCCUUUUAACAAAGGAUUUAAAGGGGGAAGUUUCUGUGUCUUCACUUUGUGGUCCACUGUGAUAGACAACUUGACUCUCACAUAGAUGAUGAGCCCGGUUUUUCUUUCCAAGAUGCUACACUUGAAAGAAACAUGAGCCACUGUAAGUGUGGAGGAGGGCUUGGGAGCCACAGGGGUUGGUGGGCAGCCCUCCCAGGGCGGGUUAACAAAACAGUGUGAGCCUCCGGCUUCUGCAGCUCAGCAAGCAUGGACAUGUGCCACUCCUGUCUCCAGAGAGCUGGUGGCGGUGACAUCACCACAAGAAAAAGCAUCCCUUAGCUUUGGAACUUGACAGAAUGAGGUGUGCUGGGGAAGCCACUGGCUGGGACUUGGCCUUUCCUGCCUGCCCCUGCGUCACACGGGCAGCCCCUGACCACCACUGAGCCCACAAUGGCCGAGAAGGGUGACUGCCUCGCCAGUGUCUACGGGUAUGACCUUGGUGGGCGCUUCGUUGACUUCCGGCCCCUGGGUUUUGGGGUCAAUGGGCUGGUGCUGUCAGCCACGGACAGCAGGACCUGCCGGAAGGUGGCUGUGAAGAAGAUCACCCUGAGCGACGCCCGCAGCAUGAAGCACGCCCUCCGGGAGAUCAAAAUCAUCCGGCGCCUGGACCACGACAACAUCGUGAAGGUGUACGAGGUGCUGGGGCCCAAGGGCACCAACCUGCAGGGCGAGCUCUUCAAGUUCAGCGUGGCCUACAUCGUGCAGGAGUACAUGGAGACCGACCUGGCCCGCCUGCUGGAGCAGGGCACCCUGACGGAGGAGCAUGCAAAGCUCUUCAUGUACCAGCUGCUCCGCGGGCUCAAGUACAUCCAUUCAGCCAAUGUGCUGCACAGGGACCUGAAGCCCGCCAACAUCUUCAUCAGCACGGAGGACCUCGUGCUCAAGAUUGGGGACUUCGGGCUGGCGAGGAUCGUUGAUCAGCAUUAUUCACACAAGGGUUACCUGUCGGAAGGGUUGGUAACGAAGUGGUACCGCUCACCACGUCUGCUCCUCUCCCCUAACAACUACACCAAAGCCAUCGACAUGUGGGCCGCGGGCUGCAUCCUGGCCGAGAUGCUCACGGGGAGAAUGCUCUUUGCAGGGGCUCACGAGCUGGAGCAGAUGCAGCUCAUACUAGACACCAUCCCUGUGAUCCGGGAGGAGGACAAGGAUGAGCUGCUCAGGGUGAUGCCUUCCUUUGUCAACAGCACCUGGGAGGUGAAGAGGCCCCUGCGCAAGCUGCUCCCUGAAGUGAACAGUGAAGCCAUCGACUUUCUGGAGAAGAUCCUGACCUUUAACCCUAUGGACCGCCUAACAGCCGAGAUGGGGCUGCAGCACCCCUACAUGAGCCCGUACUCGUGCCCCGAGGAUGAGCCCACCUCGCAGCACCCCUUCCACAUUGAGGAUGAGAUUGACGACAUCCUGCUGAUGGCCGCCAGCCAGAGCCAGCUCUCCAACUGGGACAGGUACCCCGUGAGCCUGUCAUCCGACCUGGAGUGGCGGCCGGACCGCUGCCUGGACGCGAGCGAGGUGCAGCGCGACCCGCGCGCGGGAUCGGCGCCGCUGGCGGAGGACGUGCAGGUGGACCCGCGCAAGGACUCGCAGAGCAGUUCCGAGCGUUUCCUGGAGCAGUCGCACUCGUCCAUGGAGCGCGCCUUCGAGGCCGACUACGGGCACUCCUGUGACUACAAGGUGGGGUCGCCGUCCUACCUGGACAAGCUGCUGUGGCGCGACAACAAGCCGCACCACUACUCGGAGCCCAAGCUCAUCCUGGACCUGUCGCACUGGAAACAGGCAGCCGGCGCGCCCCCGACCGCCGCCGCCGUGGCCGCGGACGCCGGGGCGCGCGAGGACGAGCAGGCCAGCCUCUUCCUGGAGAUCGCGCAGUGGGUCAAGAGCACGCAGGGCGGCCCAGAGCGCGCCAGCCCGCCCCCCGAGGGUCCUGAGCACCGCCUGUCUGCCUCCCCGCCCGGCCACCCUGCCGCCAAAGACGGCGGCGCCAGUCCCCAAUUCGACCUGGACGUGUUCAUCUCCCGCGCGCUGAAGCUCUGCACCAAGCCCGAAGACCUACCGGACAAUAAACUGAGUGACCUCAAUGGCACGUGCAUCUCCGAGCACCCUGGAGAUCUCGUGCAGACCGAGACUUUCUCCAAAGAAAGGUGGUGAGGGCUGAGGGGGCGCUCCGGCACAACCCCCACCCCACCCCGCUGUGGGAGGCCACCCAGGAAAGCCGGGCCUGGCAGGAGGAGGCCGCCGCCCUGGCACCUCCCCGACCCCAUCUGCCCCUCUCUGCUGCCUGGGGGUUAGCAGAACACAGGAAGGAUCCGAGGAGCGAGAGGAAUGUCCAUUUCUUAAACUGCCUUAAUAACUAGCCUUUAACCUCUGGGAGCGGGUUUGAACAGGAGCCUAGUUUGGGUUGAUCACUUUUGCCGCGAAGAGAAGGCCCUUGUGUUUUAUAAGUGGUGGCGUGCAGGGAAGAAACUGUCUUAGACAGCAGUCCGCGGGCCCUGCCUGAUGAGAGGCGGGGGAGACGGGGAUCUUGCGGGCCUGCUGUUGAAACCGUCUGGCCCAAAUAGCCUCAACUGACAGAUGAGGAAAGACAGUGAGAAGCAGAGAAGCAAAGUCUAUGUUUAGUCCCCCGGCCCCCAGCCAGUGGCUGUCCGCUUAGAAUGCCUUCCGCUGGGUCACACUGGCUUUGCAGUCAGAAAAGUUAGUCCAAGAUGCAUCUUCCCUGUGCGUGACCAUCUGGCCCAUUCCACGUUCUCUUAUUCAGAGCAAUGUUUCUUGUAUUCCAAAACUGGAAACUGAGCCAGUGUCUUCUCCCUCCUCGAGCAUAAUUUUUCUGGUGCCUCAAGUACAUAAACAUCCUCAUUUGCCAUGCCCCUGUGUUUGCCUCACUCCUGCAUGAUCUGAAAUCGGUGUUUAGAUCAGACCCGUUUGGGGUCUGCAGGAAAAAUAACUCAUUGUCCCAGGCCUGUGCACACACCUCACCCAGUCUCCUCAUGCACUUCCCUGACACAUGCUCAGACACGCGGACGGCCCUAGUUCCCCAAGGGAUAUUAUAUGUGGGUGACUUUGACGAUAGCAAUUUCAUGAAUCCCUCCAGAGCUCCCUCCCCCGCCAGCCCCGCACCUAGUGAGGUGCUCACCAUAGAGCAACUAUGUGAGGAAAAAAGAUUUCAGAUGGGCCCUCUGAGGCUUCAUUAACAUUGCCCUUGAUUUUGAUCAUCCAUUUAGCCCUGGCAAAGAGCAGGCCCUAAAGAAGUACAUUGGAGAGCAAGUGGCCGGGGGCAGAGAGGGGGGAU